UAAAAAUCGAAAAUCACAUCUAUCCAUCCUAUUCUUGGAAUGGUUCGCUCCUUUCCAUCUUAUGUUAACUGCAGUAAAGUUCUGCUAAAUUCUGGUCAUUCUUAUGAUGAUGUGAACGAUUAUGAAACAGAGCCGACGUCAUCUACUUCACCAAUUCCUACAGUAUCAUUGGCAAACGGAGUAGAGAUGCCUUUCCUUGGCUUAGGGACUACCCACUCGGGCGGAUACUACCACGACGUUGUUGUACAUGCUCUUCGUAACUGUGGAUAUCGUAUGAUUGACACUGCUCGAAGGUAUGGCGUUGAGCGCGAACUCGGUCUAGCCUGGAAGGAAUCUGGUGUGCCUCGAGAAUUUCUAUUUCUCUGCUCGAAAUUAUGGCCUACUGAUUUUGGUUCGAGCACUAGGCAAGCAUUCGAACUUUCUUGUGAAAAGCUGCAGACCGAUUAUUUAGAUUUAUACAUGAUCCACUUCCCAGUUGUACCCGACCAUAUGGGGAAUGCACGUUCUGUGCGUGAAGAGACUUGGAGACAGUUGGAGCUUUUGUACGAUGAGGGUAGAAUUCGCGCCAUUGGCGUUAGUAAUUACUCGGAAGACGAUUUAGUAGAGCUUUUGGACUACAGUAGCGUUGUUCCGCACGUAAAUCAGUAUGAGUUCCAUCCCUGGUAUAAUCCUCGUGGACUGCGAUCGUUUUGUGAGCAAAAUCACAUUCUAUACACGGGUUAUUGUCCCAUUGCAAAGGGCAAGUUUCUGGAGGCUGAGGUUCUUCAGAAGCUCAGUGAGAAACACAAGAAAACACCAGCUCAAAUAUGCCUGAGGUGGUCGCUGGAACACGGCGUUCCUGUCAUACCAAAAAGUAAAGAGAAACAGCGAGUAGCGGAAAACAGGGAUGUUUUCGACUUCUUCUUAAGCGCUGACGACAUGAACCAACUCGAAGCUUUGCAAAACAGCCCAAAGAAACUCGUCCGCUUCGAUGAUUUGCCGAACAAAUUUGAUCUACCUGACGGCUACAAACUGAACGGGCGGGUUUUCGGAGUGCCCACUGAGUUGAUCAGAGGACAUUCUUUCGAUGUUAGUGGGGCUUGCUUUGCUCAAGAUGUUCGCUGAUGUGUUUCCUCAAUCUCAAGAGAUCAUAUGUUUUCAAUAAGUACUAGCAGAAUCAGUCGUGCAGAUCUGUAGUCUACCUCGUUGUGUAUCCUCUGUGAGCUUACAUUAUGACUAUUUCUCCUUGAUACUGAGCUCCUUGAGAUUUUAUAUUGUUGAGAGUGUAUCGGGUAUGCAAUCGCCCUAUGGCUCACUUGGCUAUGGGUCAUUAGCACUAUUGGUAUCUGUGAACAUUUUUAUUUAUUUUCAUUUUAUCAGUUCACACUCGCAUCAAAAAUGAAAUAAAGCAACACAAACAAAAAACAGGAACUUUAAAGUACGAACUAAAAGACGAACUAGGUAUGGGUAUGGCCUGUCCUAUAGCAGAUAUGAACAGACAUCAAAUGCGCAC